CCUGCCUGGGAUCUUCCACCACCCAUUUACAUGCAGGGAGCGCACGAGACGUCCAAAGGCCCGUUAUUACUAGUUUCUUCAUCAUGGCCGACGUUCCAGCGUUAAUCAACAUCUGCGUGUCGUUAAAGAUCCAGCCGAACGACGGCCCGGUGUUCUUUAAAGCGGACGGGUCGCGGUUCGGACAGACGCGGACUAUAAAACUGCUGACGGGCUCCAAAUAUAAAAUCGAGGUGGUGUUAAAACCUGGGAGCGUCGAGCCGGUAUCAAUGGGAAUCGGUGGAAAAAGCUUUGAUCUGGAGCAGCAGUCUAAAGAUGAAGAGUCUGCCGUAUAUCACGGGUUUUACGACACCGAGGGUGUUCCUCACACUAAGAGCGGAGACAGACAACCCGUACAGGUUUCAAUACAGUUCAAGGAGGCGGGCGUCUUCGAGACGGUGUGGCAGGUGAAGUACUACAACUACUACAAGCGUGAGCACUGCCAGUUCGGCAACAAGUUCACCUCCAUCGAGUACGAGGUGAAGCCCAACGAGACGCGCAGCCUCAUGUGGAUCAACAAGGAGCUCUUCCAGUAAAACCCGGCCCUCGCGCCGUCCUCCGAUCCGAGUGCGGCACGGCAGCACUACACGUCUGUGUGAACAGUAACCAUCACUGGGCAGAUCGUGUAUACUGUGUAAUAAUGAAUUCAAGAUGGUGGGCACCCGGUAUCAUGGUUAACUCUCUUCUACUUCUACUCUCUGAGCCAUGCUAGCUAAGAGCACGGGACCUGUGGAGAUCAAUACUAUAGAUAUUUAUAUUUUGACAUUGGUUAUUGUUUGUGUUUUUGUGCAUGUACACUUUUACACAUAUCUUUAUUUGAGUCAGGAGCUGUCGCCUGGAUGAAUACUGGUCUCACAGUUUGUGAUUUUCGUGCAUGUUUUAUGUUCACACAUAUCAGCUAGUCUUUAGAGACACUAAGAUCGUUCCUAUUAUCGUUCCAACUGACAUAACUAUGGGCGUAAUAUACAACAGAAAUCGCUCACAGGUAACAGUCAUGCCAAGUUUAUUUAUGAAACCGAAAAUGACAAGCAGGUCUCAGGAGCUAAUCGAGGACUUCCUCCAGGUAGGUUGUUCGCUUGGUUACGCUUGGUCAUUUCACACAUCUUGACGUUCAGAUUAUUAUAGAGUCGCCAACAUCAGCAGUGAGCAUGUGCAGCACCUAUUGGAAGGGUUUUUUCUCCCCAUGUAUAUCUGGUCUUUUUAAUAUCUUGAGUCGGUGCCUCAACUGUAGCAUCAGAUUCAGGUUCUUGUCAUCUGAACUGCUUUUGUAGUUCGUCUGCAUUACGGGUUCAACACGUUGAGAUGCUUUUCUGCUCAACGCAGUUGUAAAGAGUGGUUAGGUGAGUUCCUGUCAGGAUCCACCACCGUUGCAGAUCAACAACAAAAAUACUCAAACUGGCACCAGCAACCCUUCCAUGGUCACUGAUUAUCCCAUCAUUCUGAUACUUGACGUCCUUCCUGAUGCAUUGUCCUACUGUUGUGUGAUUGGCUGAUGGGGUAAUUGCAUGAACCAGCAAUAUAUAUUUCUGGUAUUUGGCAGACACCCUUAUCUCAUUUUAUACAACUGAGCAAUUGAUGGUUAAGGGCCUUACUCAGGGGCCCAGCAGUGGCAGCUUGGUGGACCCCUGGGAUUCAAACUCACAUCUUUCCGGUCAGUAGGCUGGACACCUUAAGGUUAACACCUUAGCCACUAAGCUACCACAUCCGACAGGUGUAGCUAAUAAAGCGGCCACUCAGAUUUAAACUACCAUGCAGGACGUCAGAGAUGCGUUUUCUUCUCAUGUUACACAAAUGUAAAUGAAUCUGUUUCUCCAAUUAAACCCUGUCCAAAAUACGUCAUGCACAUGCUCGGACAACAACCGUCUUCAUCAAACAGCUAAAACUUAAGCGCUGGACAUCUGUGUUUAAAUGUAAUGAGCAGAUACACUAUAUUGCGAAAAGUCUUGGGACAUCUACCUUUGUAUGCACAUGAAUGUAAUAUGGAGUUGUCCUAUAACAGCUCCAACUCUUCUUCACAAAGUUUAGGAGUGUGUUUUUGACCGUUCCUCUAGAUUUGUGAGGUCAGGCACUGAUGUUGGACGAGAAGGCCUGGAUCACAGUCUCCACUCUAAUUCAUCCCAAAGGUGUUCUAUGGGGUUGAGGUCAGGACUCAACUGGUGCAGACCAGUCAAGUUCCUCCACACCAAACUCACUCAUCUAUGGUGUGCAGUCAUGUUGGAAUCCCCAAACUGUUCCCACAAAGAGCAUGAAAUUGUCCAAAAUGUCUUGGUAUGAAGCUUAAGCAUUAAGACUUCCUUACACUGGAACUUAGCACAACCCAUGAAAAACCAACACCUGAAUUCAAUGAUUUGGAGGGGUGUCCCAAAACUUUUGGCAAUAUAGUGUAUUAACAUUUGGCUACCGAUAUCAAUAGAAGCAUUUGUUAAAAUCUUAUCAGGAAGCAAGAAGUACAAAUACAAGCUGUGUGAAAUGAUCUGAAGGUCAGUUCCGUUAAGAUAGACAGGAUUGUUGACCACAGUACAUUUGUUCUGCCCCGUUAUGGUUACACACAGCUUCACUGACCUGGCCAUGCAGCUCCUCCAGUAUUCUCGC